GACCGAGGUUUGCCGACCAUAAAUGACAAUACAAGGACGUGAGGUUCGACUACUGGAGCGAGCGGGAAAUGUCUUUGGACGUCCUCGAGAACCCUAGCCCGCGGCGGUGGCGCUUCACCUGGGAAACCCUAGCCCACAUCCCGACCCUCCGCCUCUAUCUCUUCCACCCGGAUGUCCACCCGUCCGCCCUGUGCGGAAACCUGUCCGCUUCCCUCCGCCUCGACCAGUCCCUGCUCCUUGUCUCCUGGAUCGAUGACAGAAACGGAGGGGGAACGGGAGAUGUCGUCUCUCUCAAGGCUCCCGUCCCCAAGGUCUUGAUCGACCCGAGCUGCCCCGUGGAAUGCCGGGCUAUGGACGAUCAUAUCGAGAUCAAGCUGGCGUUGGUCCUCCCGGUAGAUCAUCCGGUCAUGAUGGAUUUGCGCGGGGUCCUCGAUUCUUAUAUGGGCGAGAUGGGCAGACAAGAAGGUGGGCUUUCGGAUCCGUUGGUUCCGCUCCCUUUGGAUUUAGAUAUAAAGAAUCUUUCUGCCGGUGGUGUACAUUUCUUUUGCAAAUCCUGCUCGACAAAGCUGACAAAGCAACCUCUGAGACACUUUGUGGAAAUGCCAUCAGUGAAUUGGCGAGAGGUGGCAGACAAUUGGUUUGGAACUUGCUGCUGUUCUUUUGGAGGUAUCAGCGAGAAAUUAGUACGUCAGUAUGUUAACAGAUACAGCUGUCAUGAAGGUACAUGUCUACUAGAUGGUGCUUCAAUAAUCAUAUGCCAAGAUGAUCUAGAGGGCUAUUCAUUUCAGGAGCUCUUAGCUGGAUUUUCUGACCACAAAAAUAAGGACCAAGUAGCUUGUAUUGUUAUAAAUGAUUCAGUAAAAGGGGGUAGUGGUCAAGAUUUUGUUGAAGACAAUGCUGAUGUCGGUGUGAUGCCAGGUUCUUCUAGCAAGGAAGAUGUGUGUAUGGAUCUUGCAACAGAACUCCCUAUUAGAAAGAACACUGAUCUUUUAUCUAGCCCAAUACUUAAAUCAUCAGAUAUCUGUAACAAUGUGCGACGAAGAACUGAAUGUGGCUUAAAGGGAUGUUCUAAUCCUAUUGGAUCAAGCUUAGAUGAGAUACAAAGUCCCCAACAUGCAGAUUUCUUGAAUCUUAACUUAGAUCAUUGCUGUGGGAGUUCUGGGAAGCCUCUUCCAGAGCCUUCUGAUGGGUUUCCUUCGGAAGCUCAUUGCAAUAUUUGUGAUCAUAAAUCAAACAAUUUGGUAAAUUAUGCUUCUGGUGGAUCUAUGCUCGAUGUGCCAAUUAUGCCUGCCAAAGUCCAAGAGUCUAUGACGAGUUCAGGCCUUUCAGGAAGUCAGAAGUGGCUACAUAAUAGUUCUCUUGGAGGUGGUUUUAUUGUUAGAACAUCCAACCUUUCAAAUGAUAUAGAAUGGGUUGGAUUCUCAUGCAAAAAAUGCUUAUCUAUGAUUGGGUGCUAUCCUUCUUUUAAAAGCACAAAUAUCCCUGUAGAUGGAGGAAUCCGGCUAUUUAAGUGCUACAUUUCUACAUCUGUUCCUGCCGGUGGACCUUGUGACAUAUUCAGGAAUCACACAUUGCAAAGAGUUUUUGCCAAUGUGUUUCUUGAAGGCGCUGAAGAGGAACUUUCAUACAGAAUAAUUGUCAGGGAUUUGAAGUUGAAAUCUCCAAUGCUGCUGUUAGUUCUUUUAAAUUCAAAAGCCUGGAUCUCCAGUGGCUACUGCUCAGAAGAUAGCAUGGGAUCACUUUCUGCAGCAGAUCUGCAACCUGUUCUGAAAGUACUUUAUUCGGAUUGUAGUAUUGCUUCCGAAGCAAAUUCAAGAAUUAUUGAGGAUUGGUCAACCAGAAAUCAUGCCGAAGAGGUGUAUAUGACAACAUGCCUUGUGGAAGAAUUAAUAAUGUGUCUGAAAUCAGCUUUGUACAAUCUGCCACCAUCUUGUUCUUCUUUGCAAGGAAUGUCAUUAUCAUUCUUGGAAAGGUAACUAAUGCUUGGUAUUCUUGACCUCAUGACUUAAUGAUUAAAAUCCUUAUUCUGUAUGAGGUGAUUCAGGUUA